AUGAGCAAGCCGAUAUCUUUUGACCAGGUGACAAAUAACCUAGAGCAGAUCCUUACAGACCCGUCGACUUCACUCGAUGUUCACAUCAUCGACAAGCUAGGAGCUGAGGUGGUGGCUCAGACAGACCACGAUCUCUCCAAGAAGCUGAUUACUCUGAUAUCCCGCGUCCUUCCGGUGCUGCAGGAGGAUCCAAGCCCCAUCACAGCUCUGGCAACAAAAGUUGCCAGGUUUCUAAGCUUUUCAGAACUUCUGUCAAUCGAUCCCCCCAUCGAUUUCAUUGCUGGAAUCAGGGCCGGUUACCCCCCGAUCAACUCCCUCGUACUUUGUCUGCUCGCAAAAGCAAGCGAGUCCCCAAGCCAUGUUGCCGAUGUUGCUGGAAACGCAGAUCUAGUCAGAUCUCUUAUAGAGCUGUGGCUAUCGUCCGAUGACUCUGGGGUAUCACAGGCAACUUUUGAUGUGCUCUGGUCUCUGCUGGAGGCGGACCACUUAGUUUCAAAUAACACACAUGGGAGAUCCAAUAAUGAAUAUCCGCAGAAUGGGCCGAUGUGGCAGAGAAUAUUUCAGGACAAAUCGACCUAUAAACUCUUCUUUUCGAUAUGUUCCCUGCGCACGGUAGGACAAGAUGGACAGAUCAGCGCUCGACAAAAGACGGUUGCUCAGGGGAGAUUGAUGGAGUUCGUUGUCAAAGUUGGAUCUGCCAACUGGGGAGCUAUAUCAAACUCGCAUUUCCCUGAUGUUGAAUCAUCCUUCCAGAGCGAGAGCUUGUUGAGCUUUGCCGCUCUUCAGAUGGUUGACACGAAUGACCUCCUACUCCACAUGACUCUCCUACAAUUUUUUCGACAGCUGCUUGAAAUUAAUGCUCCUGGACUGCAUCACAGUUUUGGCAAGACAUCUAGCCCAAUCCCUGCGUUCUCAUCUCCAUCACUGGAGUUUCUCAUAACCAAUGGCCUACAUAGGAAGGUUAUCAAUUACUAUUUGGAUCCUUCCACUCUUGACGCUGCCACUGCAAGCUUUCUUGCAGCCCCUGUAAUGGCAUAUGUUUCUGCCUAUGCAGCCCUCUACCCAAACCACAUACUACAAGAACACCAGGAACAACUGGAUCGGCUAUGCUCUCGCAUACUCGAGGCAUUCAAUAUUCCUUCUGCACAGUGGGCCCAUGGCGCUGUGCCAGUGGGAGACCUCGAUAUCUUAGCUUCCCUACCACGAGUAAUGUUAGUUGAAUCCGGCAAAAGAGGCCUGAACCCGCUACUUGCUAUUCCGUCCAAACCCUUACAUAUUGAGACACUGAUGUGCCUGGGGAAGAUAUUUCAUGGGCCACCACCCUCUGAAGACGCAAUGGAUAUAGAACAGGUGGUUAUCAAAGGCCCAAACCCCACAAGCUCCCGUGCUGAGGCGGCAGCCUCAAGGGUCCUCUACUUCCAGUAUCUGAACAGCCACCCCAGCUUCUGGUCAAAUAUUAUCGACGCUGCAGAGAUAAUAGCUAUGCAAGAUACCGCAAUAGCAUCUAUAAACCUGAUGAAGAGCGUUGUGACAGCCAACUGGGCUGUUCUCUCCUCAGCUGAUGAUGCAAGUGCAUUGACUUCAAGUCGGUUUGUACUACCAACGGAGGCUGUGGUUAGCCAACUUGGUCCCUCUGCACAAGGGAGUCUCCCUGUCAGUGGAACAUGGGCAUUACUUGUCCCACCAGCCUUGACCGUUGUUUUACCAUACCUUUUUAAGCAGCCCCCAUCCUACGCUAAUUUCGUUGCCGGGGGGGCUGGAGACACCGAGAGUGCUGUAUGGCGGAUUGCCACUACAAAAUAUGAUGCCCUUGUCGCCCUUCAGACGGCCGUUCAAAAAAUGGAGAGCUCUACUGGAAGCCUUGAUGAUAUUAAACGAACCUUAAAGAGAAGGGUAGCAGAGGGGCCCAUGGGUGCUCCAAACCAAAUUGGAAGCAGGAUUGAAGCACUCGAACUAUGA